CAGCUUCCCUCCGGAAGUACAGUUAAUUUUUAUUCACAGGGAAAAAAACAGCUGCUGUUGGAAAAGAAAACAUCAAAAAUGCCGGCCCCAAAGAGAGGAUCAGCUCCUCAUGAUCCUCAGCCCAAGAUAAGGAAGUUGGAUGACGAUGGAGAAGCGCUGCCAUCCAAAACUGCACCAGCUACCAAUAAUCAGUCCCCCAAAACAGGAAAUAUGCGAGAAAAGACAGCAGCCCCACGGACUAAGAAAAAACUAUCGGUAGAAGGGGUACAUAAACCGGCCAAGUCAUCCAGUUCUCCUCCAAAAGAUUCCAGCAAAACCAUUUCUGACCCUCCUGUCAAAAAAGCCAAGCUCCUAAAAGCCACAAGUGCCUCCUGUGGAGAAGCUCCCUCACAGAGAGCGAACUCCAAAGCUUCCCUGAAGCGAACAGCCUCCACAGAGUCUGAUGACGAGUUAAGUAGUGACGGCAGUAAGGUUGACUUCUUCAGAGAGAGGGAUGAUGAAGACAAGGCGCGCUGUGUGAGAAAAUAUUCUAAUCGAGUCAAAGCCAAACGUAAAGCUGAGGAGUCGACUUCUGACCCACAGGAGAGUUUACUAGCUGCACCUGUGGACCCCGUACAGAUGGACCACAAUUACGGUCGAUUCUCAGAUUCAGCAUCUGUUCAAAGCGUGGAUGAUGCUACUCGGACUGAGCAAAAAGAAUCUGCGGCAUCUGUCAUUGAACAAGAGAGACGAGAAAUUUCAGACAUCGCACCACAAGAGGUGUCACAGGAAACCUCAGCGUCUUUAACAGGGAGCACUAAUGUUAGCAUCAAAUGUGAGUCUGCAGCUGAAGAAAGUAAACGUGAGGAAUUACAAAAGUUAGACAGCCAAAAGCUCAAAGACAACGAAACACCAGCGUCAUCUAGACAAACGUUAGACUUUGUCACUGCAGCAGCUCCAGAACUCUCUGCCACAUCUGAGGAAAAUGAAAAGAAGGAUAAAGCAGAGUCCAUUAAAACCCAAAAGGAUGUAGAUAACGAAGCACAAGUAGAAACACUUUGUUCUGUUGCUGGAGAGGUGAGUCCAAGCUGUGAAGGUGAAGAACAGGCAGAUGGAAAAACAGACUCGGCAUGCAGAUCAGAAAAUCAGACAGACCUGAGCACUCACAGUAAAAAAAAUGAGUCUACAGAGUUUGUGUCUGAAGAUGAUAAGCAGAAUACAAGAGUCUGUGCCACCCAUAGUGAUGUUAUACUGCAUGAAGCGCCGUCAGAGGAAACAAACUCAGCACCAGAACAGUUCCUGGUAGAAGGUAGUAAUCCAGAAAGUCAGACUUGUGAAAAUCUAACAGAUUCUGUUGGCAGUUCAGAGACUCAAACAGACCUCAGUGUCAAAAUUCAAGUGACUUUCAAAGAGGAAUCCAGAUCUGUACACAAGCAGGACCAGGUUCCAGAUACAGUCACCAGCUCGUGUGAUAAUGCCAACAAAACCGUUAGAAAGCCAGAAGAAAAGCUUGAGGAAAGUGACAGAAAAAGAGUUUGUCCCGGAGCCUUGGUCGAGUUACAACUGAGCUCUGGCUCUCUGAUGACCGACAGGUGUACAGAAACACUCACACCCGAUUGUGAGGCUGUUCAUGAGCAAAAUCAAGGCGAGGUCCUUUCUGCAUGUGUCGCACUUCCAGAGGGUCAAGUAGCACCGAUAGUGGAAAUACACAAUCAGGAGAACCACAAACUUUAUACCAACACGGCAGAAAUAACUGCCGAAUCUGAAAAUGAUUCAAGCACAGAAAAAGAAAAGGACAGCGAGUGUGCCAACAUGGACAUACAGGCUUCAGUGACAUCUGAGGAGAUUUCAGAUCCAACUGUUACAGUGGAAAGACAACACCAGAAAGGAGAGGAUGUUAGCAAACCUGCCACAAACACAUCUACUAACUUUCACGAGGAUCACGUGGAUGAACGUUGUGAAAUGGUGGAAAACACUGUGAACUUGGAAUGUGGUGGUGGAGCUGAGAGUCAAAACACAAUAGAAACACGGACUACAGCGACACCAGACAUUUCUAAUCCAGGACCUACUUCAGAAGAGCAAAAGCAGGACAACCAGGAAGUCAGUGAACCUACCACACUAGUCAUAUCUACAGAGAUGCAUGAUCAUGUGACAGCUGAUACAUCUGAAAACAUGGAAGCCUUUAAGUUUGUUAGUAGACCCGAGAGCAAAAUGGAAAUGCACACUGCAACAGCUUUGGAAUUUUCUCAUCCAACAGCUAACGUGAGAGAAGAAAUCAGUGAACUCACCAUGGAGGUACCUGCUCAGGAAGUUCAGGAGAGCAGUGAAGAUGCUGAACGUGCUGCUGCUGCUGCUGCUGCUGCUGCUGCUGCUGCUGCGGAGAAACAAAUAGACGUUAAUGUGCAGACUCCAGCCACGUCAGAGGACGUCUGUAGCAGUGCACCAGUUCUGGAAACACAUGGACAGACGAGUCAGGUGGUCAGUGAACCUACCACACUAGUCAUAUCUACUGAGAUUCAUGAUCAUGUGACAGCUGAUACAUCUGAAAACAUGGAAGCCUUUAAGUUUGUUAGUAGACCCGAGAGCAAAAUGGAAAUGCACACUGCGACAGCUUUGGAAUUUUCUCAUCCAACAGCUAAAGUGAGAGAAGAAAUCAGUGAACUCACCAUGGAGGUACCUGCUCAGGAAGUUCAGGAGAGCAGUGAAGAUGCUGCUGCGGAGAAACAAAUAGACGUUAAUGUGCAGACUCCAGCCACAUCAGAGGAUGUCUGUAGCAGUGCACCGGUUCUGGAAACACAUGGACAGACGAGUCAGGUGGUCAGUGAACCUACCACAGGUGUAUCGAGGGAAUUUUAUGAGGAUCAUGAGGUUGAAAAGUUCAAGACUGUUGAAAGUGACAACAAGGUGAACUUGGAAUCUGUGACUGUUGAAGUGGAGAAGCAGAGAGCAUCGACGGUGGAGGUUUCCCCUUCUGUGGAGAUGCUAAAAAAGCAAACAGAAGUGAUGAUAGCUCCACCAUCAGCACCUGCCGUGGAAAUACAAAAUACUGACGGCAUAUCUAAAGAGGUUGGCAAAGACCUAAUGAUUGAAAGCUGUCAAAAUGUGAAGAAUGAGGACAAGAUGCAUGUCGAAUGUGCUACUGUACAAGAAAAUCAAAUCAAAAUGGAACUGCAGGUUACAUCAACGUCAGAGAUUUCUACAGCGGCGCCUUCAGUGGAAAUCAAAAGUGAGAAAAGCCAAAAUGAAGUGGAUAUGGAGGCAGCAUCGACAUCAGCGGAGGUUCCUAGUGUGGUAUCUGCAGUGGAAAUGCAAAACCAGGAGGAACAGGAUGUCAGAAAACAUGCUACAGACACACAUACACAAUCUGUAACUGUAGCAGAGAGUCUAAAGACAAUAGAGACGUCUAUCCAGAACAGUCAAGAAGUCAUCUCUGACAUAUCAGAUGAAGGACUAAGGAUUCCCACAACCGACUGUAAAGAAAUUAACAAUGUUGUGUUCACAGAAUGUGUCAGUGAAGCUGAGAGUCCUGCGAAAAUGGAAACACAGACAGAGGAGAUAACAAAGCCAGCAACUACAAUAGAAGCAGAAAACCGGGAGGGAGGUCAGGAGGUCAGAGAAGUCAGCGCAGACCCUGAAGUACAAAAAGAUUUCAUCAAUGCUGAGGGUGAAGAUGACAAGGUUCGCGCUGGAUGUGCAAGCGCUGCAGAGAAUCAAUCAGACAUGGACGUGCAGACAACAGUGACACCAGGGGAGAUUUCUGAUCUGAAGUCUGGAGGGGAAAUACAAAACCGGAGAAGCCAGGAGGUCAGCAAAGUCAAUAAUGUUGGAAGAGAUUUAAUUGGCUCAAGUUGUGAGAGUGUGCAAAAUGAAGACGGGGCUGCUUCUGAAUGCGUUAACGUUUCUGAGAUUCAAAGUAAUGUGGAAACUACUGCAGCGCCGGAGGAGAGCUCUAAUCCAGCAGCUGUAGCAGAACGGCAAAACCACGUAACAGGAGAAAUCAGCAAACACACCGUGGUCCCAGCAAAUGAAAUUCAGAAAUGUUCGCCAAAUGCUGAUUUGGAGAAUGAAGCCAGUGACAGACGGACGGAGCCUGAUGCUGAGGAUGAACAAGUGCAUAUGGAUGCAAUAAGUGGAUCAAUAGAAAGGGCAGAUUCUGCAUUAGAAGAGGAGACGGCGAGGCAAGUGAUUAAUGAGGUCAAGGCUGACAAAUCCGUCAGGAAUAUUGAAGAAGGAGCUGAAAGCAAUGAAGUAAUCGUUUUUGUUUGCGGCCAACCAGACGACAGUGAUAUUGUAAUUCAGACAGCAGAAGAGCAGAUUAAGACGGUUAAUCAGUCAGUGGCUGAGCUUCAUGAAAACCAGAUAGUGUAUGAGCCCAUUAGUAGUCCAGAGAGUAACGAUGGAAGAGAGAUUUGUGCCGCAGCAGCAGCAGAGAGGCAUGAUGGCAUUUCUAUACUGGACAUACAGAACUCGGAGUCCCAGCAGGUAGAAGAGAAUGCAUCAAACUUUUCUCAAAAUGCAGAUGAUGGAGCAAGUGUCGACCCACAGCUGGACAACGAGGGAGAAAUUUGUGUCACAGGCAGCCAAGAAGUAGUCGAAAUGGAAGUAGAAACUGCGAGCGUGCCAGAGAGUUCUGUUCCUGCACAGUUGGAGCAGAAUAACGCGGCUGUGGAUGUGAAACAAGUCGCAGUGAUCAGCUCCAGCGAUGACGUCAGCGCGCCAGAUGGUCGGUCAGAAGAUGUCGCCGAAAAAAGUGAGAGGAACGGCUUUCCAGAGUGCGUCAGUGCCACGGAGUUUUCUGAACAGGUGCAGGAGGGUGCCGGAGUUCAGGAGGUUGCAGAUGUCAGGGUGACGACGACUACAGCCGCUGCUGAAGCCGAGAUGCCAGAUAGUGCAUCUGAAGAGUAUGUGAUCUUAGAGCCGGUCCCAGAGAGCGAAAUUCACUUUGAUAUCGUCACUCAAGCUGCAGCCGAGUCGGGUCUGUCGGCCUCGCUGUCAGAGGAGGUCAGUCCAGACAGUGCGCUGGUGGGUGAAGUGGAAUAUCAGAAGAUUUUAAUUGGUUCCCAAGAAAUUGUAUCUGGGGAGGCAGAAGUGCAGCCAUGUGAAACAAGUGAUGGGGUCACAGAUGCUGCAGUGACCAGUUCAGGUGAGGUAUCACAGCUGGAGACGGGCUCAAACGUUUCACCUUUAGAGGGAGAGUUUCAGAAUAUUGAAAAUUCUAAUCAGCAAACAUCAUCUGGCAUUAUGGAUGUUAAUACCUCAGAGGUGGAGGUGACUAACUCUCAUGUUCAAGACACAAAUGAAGCCAGUGAUGAAGUGGUGAUGGAGAAUGCUGAGAGUCCUUUUCACCUACAAGAAGUGCAGAUUCUGGAGGACAUAGAGAUCGGCCGUGAGAUUGUAGUGGCAGAGGAGGAGAAUGAGGAAGACGGUGACAUUACAAUCAUAGAGAAACCACAGCAAACACCUGAGGCAGGCCCUCCGCAGAAGUCCGAGGAAAAGGUGAAUAAGAAAAUGAAAGAUGGCAGUAGUGGGGCCAGCGUGAAACAGAACAGCACAGGUGAAAAGACUGAAGAGGAAAAAAAGGGACAGGAGGUGGAAAAACCCAAGAAACAAGAAAUGAAUACGCAGGCGAGAACCAAAGCUCGUCUAGCAGCUCUGGCUGAGCAGAAGGCUGCAGCGUCUAAGAGAACAGCAAACAGGCAGCAGCUGAACCUCUUAGCCCUGUGUCAGGAAAUCGCAGAGGACAUUGCCACAGACAGCAUGCUGCUGAAGAGGAUAGAGGAAGAGAAACAAGCAGCAGCAGCGGCGGCGGCAGCAGCCAAGAGUGAAGCCAGCAAGAAAGAGCGUCCACCUGUUAGCACGCAGGACGAAGACACGGUCAACGUCGCAACUCCUGCUGGACCGGAAGGAAGCUCUGCCUCAGUGACCCACACUGAGGAGGCACCUGCUGCUGCAGCUCAGCCCUCGACGGCCGAAUCAGCCGAAGCCAAACCUGCUGCUGAGGCUCAAAAGAGACGUUUCUUCAUCACGCAGGUUACAGUGCCCCUGAAAGCCCACGAGAAGAAGAAGCUGACUCGAUACCAAAGGCUGCGACAGGUUGAGCUGCAGAGAGAGAAAAUGUCUUGGGCGCGUGUAAAGAAACUAAAGUCUGACCAAGCAAAUCAGAUGUUCUCAGACAUGGAUUGGCAAUCACCCUUGUCUGCCGCCUCUUUGUUUCCAGUCAGUCCUGCUACCACGGCCAGUCCAUCAAAAACACCCCCGCCAAGUCCUGCCACCAGCAGCAAACCUGCUGCACCCAAGGCGGAUGUUCCCAAGGCUGAGCCGGAAACUUCCAAAACUGAACCUGUUAAAACUGAAGCUACUGAAGCUGAACCCACCAAAACUCCAACUGCCAAAACCGAAGCCUCUAAAACUGAACCUCCUAGUACUGAGAACCGUCGAUCAACAAGGCAAAGCAAGGCUCAGGCUUCUAAAGCAGCAGCUGCUCCUGGACCUGCUCCUAAAGUGACCCGAUCAGCAGCCAAGAGGACCCUCCCUGCAGUCCCUCCUCCUAUGCCCAACGGGCUUAAUGCUCAGAAACAGAAGAGUGAGGUUGAGUACAAACCGUACAGACCCAGACCCAAGUACUCCUUUGAUGAUUUUGAACUAGACGAUGAUCCGUUACCAGUUGCUCCGACCAAACCCAAUCCACAAGCAGCACCCAAACAACCGCCUCGACCCGGCCUUCAGCCCAACCCAGCAGCUCAGACUAAGCUAUCAAAACCCGCAGUUUCAUCGCAGCCCUCCAUCCAGGCCAAACUCAAAGCUCAGACCACGCCUGCUGCACAGAUCCCUGCUGCAGCUCCGUUAAAACCAGCAGCCCUCCAGUCAAAAGCCCCGACUACAGCCACAGCUUCAUCGAAACCUGCCUCCUCAGCACAGUCGAAGCCUCCUGCCUCUGCUGCACCACAGUCUAAAGCUGCCUCAGCUGCAGGUCAGCCCAAACCUGCUGCUUCUGCCGCCUCUCCACAGUUAAAGACAGCUGGUGCAAGUGUUGCACAGUUGAAACAGUCGACUCCAGCAGCAGCAGCUCAGCCUUCUGUUUCUACCACUUCAGACACCAAACCUGCUGCUCUUAAGGCUGAUGCUGCUCCAGUGCCUCAGAAACCCACAAACGUCCCAUCAGGGGAAGAAGGCAAAUGCAAGACUGCAGCUGAUCCACUUUCAUCAGCCUCUUCUGUUCCCCCUGAGGAAAACUCCAAAGUGUCUGAUGACACGCAGCAGGGUGAAGAAAAGCCUCCAGUCACUGCUGUUGAUCCUUCUCCGGAGAACGAGGCAAAAGUAGUCGAAACAGCACUGAAGACUUUGGAAAAGCCUUGUCAAGACGAAGCAGCGAAGCCUCAGGAUGGCGGCACUCCUCUCUCUGAUGCUUGUCUGCAAAAAGAAGUCAAGAAGCUAAAGGAGGCCGACAAAGACGGCACCCAAACUAUUAUUGAUGCAGGACAGAAGCAUUUCGGAGCAGUGGCCUGCAGCGUGUGUGGGAUGCUCUACUCUGCUGCCAACCCCGAGGACGAAUCUCAGCAUUUACUCUUUCACAACCAGUUCAUCAGCGCUGUCAAAUAUGUGGGAUGGAAAAAAGAGAGGAUUCUGGGAGAGUAUCCUGAUGGGAAGAUCAUUCUAGUGCUGCCAGAUGAUCCCAAAUAUGCCUUGAAGAAGGUGGAGGAGAUCAGGGAGAUGGUGGACAACGACCUGGGCUUCCAGCAGGUGGAGACCAAGUGUCCCUCUCAGACCAAAACCUUCCUGUUCAUCUCGAAUGACAAGAAAGUGGCCGGGUGUCUCAUAGCAGAGCACAUACAAGAGGGCUACAGGGUGAUAGAGGAGCCGGCACCGGAGGGCUCAGAGGGGGAGAAGGUGAUGUUCGAGCGUCAGAGAGCUUGGUGCUGCUCCACAACACCAGAACCGGCCAUCUGCGGCAUCAGUCGAAUCUGGGUGGUCAGCAUGAUGCGACGCCUGGGCAUCGCCUCGCGUAUGAUCGAGUGCCUCAGGAAUAACUUCAUCUACGGUUCGUACCUGAGCAAAGACGAGAUCGCUUUCUCGGACCCCACUCCUGACGGAAAACUCUUCGCCACGCAUUAUUUUGGCACUUCUCAGUUUUUGGUUUAUAACUUUGUGAGUGGAACACGCUCGUCCCAACCCAAAACGGUAUGACGGCCUUCAGGAAAACUUAACGACGGAUUCAUCCGACCAGUGGGAGCCGCCCUCACCAAACACUGAAUCUUCAUGUGUAAAAAAAAAAAAAAUAAUACAACAAAAACUGUAAAUUACUCCUUGGAGAAGUUACACAUUGGUUUAAAUCUCAGGAUGAAAACAACAAGGUGUUGUUGAAAAAUGUUAUAAAUUCACCCUUUAAUCCCUCCCUGCAUAGUAUUUUGAAAAGUAAAAAAAUAGACUAUUUUCUUUAUACAUUUUUAAGUAAACAAUUGGUUUUAUUAGGCGUAUAGCGUUUACAUGCAUGACCUGACAGCAAUAGAAACAGCAUUUCAAUGUUUUGACUUUUAAUUCCCUGAGAAGCGUAACAUCAAUUCUCAUUCAUCUCUUUACUGUUGACGGCGACGCUGCCUUCGUCUCUGGUUGUGUUCGAUGCUGAAAGGACACAACUGCACAAUUUCUACCGAGGGGUUCACUUUUUUUUCCCCCCACAUUUGGUCCCAUCGAUCAGUGUCAUGUUUUUGUUGUAAUAUUUCAGAUUAACCACGGGAAACAGGACUCAUCUGGAGAGGGUUAGAAGUGUAGCUUGGGCAUUAAUCGUGUGCUCUAAUUUUCUUAGAUCACUCCGCCUGAAAUGUUUUUUCCGAGCCGAGCCAUAUAUACUGUACACCGUUUAGCAGGGCAUUGUAGCCUAUACUGUAUGAGUGGUGUCUUACAAUUUCACCGAGGCUGUCUUUUUGCUUUGUUUGUGCCUGAAUGAAUCAUGUUUGACUUAAAAUGUUGAUUUAUUUUCUUUACUUUCUCGCCACCUCUGAGCAGCGCGUGGCUUUUUUAUUCUGUUAGCGUAGAGUAUCAUCCUCCUAUUCCUUAGUAACGAUGAUUAAAGUGUAUAUCAAAUUAUCAUGUAGAUUUAUGCAUACUAUAACAAGAUUUAUAAUGGAAGAUGAGCAGAGGUCGUACGUGUUAAAUGAGCGAAUAUCAACUGCCUUUAUGAUUGAAAACAGGUGAUCAACAUGCCUCUCAACACACAGAUUAACAGUGUCAUUGUAAUCCAUCCCUUAUUUUCUUCUUCCUCCUUGUUGAAGCAGUCGCUUUUAGAAAGAUGUGUUGUGUAAGAAAAUGAAAUUUGAUUUAUACGAAGCUGUUAUGUAAAUAUUUAUUUAAAUAAACAAUUUAAAACAC